AUGGAUGAUGUGCGUAAUUCGGGCGGCGAGGCCAAGCCGCAGCAGCUGAUCGCCAAUUUUGACGCGGUUGCCAUCACUUCGGUCGAGGACCUCAUCUGCAUCAAGCAGCUCGAUCUUGGUCCACAUAUCAGAGUUGAGCACGAUCCCGGCGGCCGAGAGGGCGUUGCGCUGGCGUUCUAUGAGCCGAUUAUGGCCCCCUCGCUGGUUCCGAUCACUUUCCUCUGUGAAAGCAGAGCGAGAGCUGUGGCCGAGGCAGAUAACCUUCUCGGGCUGACUCUCCAUGUCUCAACCCGCAUAGCUCUGCCCUUGUUAAGAGCGGCAAUUCAAAAUCCAGCCUAUAUUCUGCUGCCAACCCUCAAGCCCUCAGCAAAGCCUUGGGUGACACUGGCCUCUUUGCUGCAGUCACUGUACCUUCAAGGCCACGAAAUACGCUGGAGAGAAGUGUACGACGGCACCUCUCCGAAGUUCCUGCGACCAUUUCCAAGCUAUCCGCUUUCUGGGUCAGAGUUUGUGAUCCCUUUUCGCGAGCGGCAGUGUUCAGAUGCCCUACUCAACAAGCAUCAGACUGAAGAGCCACAUCCCUCCUUCGAGUUUCUAACCCCCGGGUGCACAUCUGUUACAGCCGCAGGAGCAACUUUCGUAACUCACAUGAAGAAGCUGUCAAAACUCAUCAAAGCCCACGCUGUAGGCGAAGUUCCACUGUGCCCUGCCUCGGUGUACAUGGAGUUUUCCUUAGAAGCACUUGCUGUCCUCGAAGAAAUGCCUCAAGCAGUGUAUGUCAUGGAAAAUAUCGUCUUUGACAAGCCUCUCGUCUAUUCCGACGGUAGUGAAGACACUGUACGAUUGGAAAUCGCACGGAGAUCAAGCAACGAAUCUCAGAGGCCGUUCGGAUUUUCCUUCAAAUCAGAAAAAGGUCAAGUGUAUUGCACUGGAGACUUUGCAGCCCCGUCUUCUCAUAUUGUCGACGAGAUAUUCGUCCGUCGAGAAGCCUACGUCAAGAAGCAGAAACUUGCCUCUUUGGCCCAGAUAACACCAGCAUAUGCCGAACCCUUCUUGACGCUCAACCAUCUCACCAUCAGCGCGACGGGACUGGAAGGCCAUGGACGGUUCAAGCUCGCCACGUCGGCUGUGGAGGGGCGGUUCAUAUGCCCCCCUGCCUUUAUUGACACGAUGCUCCACUCAGCCGGGUUUAUUGCCAAUACCAAGAUUGAAUCUGAGGUGGCGUGCAUCUGCACCAGAGUCGAUCGUGCGAUGCUCCCUAGCUACAAUCAAGAGCUUUAUCUUAUGGAAAUGGAAGUAUACUGCAGCCUUGUGGAUAUUGGGGAUGCCAUUGUCGCAGAUGCCUAUGUCCUCGACGCUGGGCAAAAGGUGAUCUCUUGCGUGGAGGGGAUGUACUUCAAGAAGCUCCAGUUGGCGACUUUCAAAGCUCACCUCUCUCGCGUCGCUCGGAUGCCAGACGAACGACACCGCCCUUCAGUGACUGCAGCGUUAUCAUUAGUGGACGAGAUGAGAACCAGGCCCACAGUUGAGCAAGCUGCGCCUCCUAGACAGAUUCCGAAUGUCGAAGAGACAGUGCAUUCAAUCUUGCGCAAUGUCUGUGGAGCUCAUGAGGACGUCAAAGCAGGUAGCACACUGACCGAGAUGGGGGUUGACAGUCUCCUGUUUAUCGAAUUGGCACAAUGGAUUUGCAACCACUACCCUGACCUUGGUAUUCUAAGGUCGGACUUGGAGAGCUGCGCAACAAUCAGAGACCUCGUCAAUGUUGUCGCCGAGGCCGCCAAAGAGGCCUUGCCAUUGACUUCGUCAACCCCACGACUUACAAACGGGAGUACGCCAAACUCCGUGGGCAGGGUCGUCCAUACGCCCGUCGAGAACGUCCUUCCGCCUGGCUCAACAGGUGGAGGGUCUCCGAUGGAAGCCUUAAUUCUCGACAUCUGCGGCUUGUAUCUCACGGAAUCCGACAAGAAUGCGUCUCUGUCUUCGCUGGGCGUAGACUCGUUGCUCUGCUUGGAACUGUUCGCGGAGCUCCACCACAGGUUUGGGAUUAUCAUCCACGAAGGGUACGAGGUGAUCUCCGACCUAACAUUCAAUCGCCUGGAAGGCAUGCAUAGAGACAAGCUCACGAGUACUCUCUCGCGUGAAGAGGCGCGCUCGUAUUCUCGUCAUAACAGCGUCCCCGCGCAGCAGCAGCAGCCACAGCAACUACAGCAGCAGUUGAAUCCGCUCCUCGAUGAGAUGUGUAGAGGUGGGUUCCCGAUGGAGUUGCAGGUGCAAAAGGUAGGUGCGCAUAAGGCUAGCUUGUAUCUGUUCCACGACGGCAGCGGUGUCUGUAACAUGUACUGCCGCCUGUCUGACAUGAACCGCACCGUCUGUGGUAUCUUCAGCCUUGAUCUGGCGUUGAUCAAUCCCUCAAUCCAAACAAUGGAGGAUCUAGCUCGCUUGUACAUAGACCGGGCCCACCUGGCCUCGGGGUCCAACUUGAUCCUCGGAGGUUGGUCAUUUGGUGGCGUCUUAGCCUUCGAGGUCUCGCGGCAGCUGCGCCGCCUCGGUACGGCCGUCCUGGGCGUGGUGUUGGUCGACUCGCCGGUCCCUAAUGCCCACCAAGCACUCCCGCGCGAAGUGGUCGCGCACGUCGUGGGGACGGGCGUUGGCGACCGGGCGAAACUUCCCGGGACCGCGGCAACGCAAGAGGCCCUCGACCGCAUCGAGGCCCAGUUCAUCCGGCACGGGCGCAUGCUGCAGGAGUACUAG